AUGUCCUCCAAAAUAAAGCAAUCUAACACCCUUAUGUUAGUGGCGCAGGCGAGUCCAACAUUGCCUAAGGGAAUCAAGACCUCCCGUCGAGGCGCCUCCCAUCACACGCCACGAGCUCGCACGACCCAGCCUGGGGUAGACAGCAAUAUUGUCGAUGAACCCAUUAUCUUCAAAGCUGAUCCUGUGACGCCGACGUCUCGCGGCGUCUCCCUUGCGUCUCCUGCUCAACUCAAGAAGCAAGCGGGCAAGUCUUCCAAGAGGGCUGCCAAAUCUGCCAAACGCGUCCUGGAUUCCGAUGAUGGUGAGGUUAAUGCGUUGGCGGAUGUCGCUCCGGGUCUCGAUAAUAAUUCUGAUGGCGAUGUACGUUCGGCUGUAUGGCGCCGUCGUAACGUCAUGUCUGCUACUGAUACAGAGGCUGUUGUUGGUUUUUCUGAUGACCUUUUUGUCCCCGAUGCUGAGCACCUCGAGCGACUUCUCACUACCUUUGAGGCGCCGUCUACGAAUGAUAAGUCUGUUCUGACGUGUGAAUUGUUCACCCCCGUGCCUGCUGUCCGACGAACCCUUCGCGAUCGUGGCGUCCCCGUUCCUCAGGUUCGUUUCGACCCUUCUGCUUUUGGUCGUCUUCCGACCGCUCCUUCGUUACCCAAAUCGGGUCCCGCCUCCUCUAAGGCCAUCACGGUCACAGCCUUAGAGUCAACAGAGACGAAGGCAUCAUCAGGGUCAUUGCCAUCCUUGAAGGUCGUCGACUCAAUGACCACUUUAGCGCCUAAUAAGCGGCUGGGACGCAAGUGGCACCGAUGCCUACGCGUGGCCAGUAAAACUGCAUAUAUCUAG